GCGUUUGGGGUGCCACAUGAAACUCCCCCCAGGAGCUGCGUGGCAGGAGGGCCACCGGCUGCCCCCCUCGCGAGCCCCUCCUUUCCUGCCCCCCCCCCAGACGCUGUGCCAGGUGGGGCUCUACUCCAUGGGCCGGAGCCCGGCGGUGUUCACGGAGCCCGAGCAGUACAGGCCCUCCCGCUGGCUGGGCAAGGAGGACCAGAGCUUCAAGGCGUUGGCUUUCGGCUUCGGCUCCCGCCAGUGCAUCGGGCGCCGGUUGGCGGAGGCCGAGAUGGCGCUCUUCCUCAUGCACAUCUUGAAGAACUUCAAGAUUGACACCGUCUCCAAGGAGGACAUCCGGACCAUCUACAGCUUCAUCCUGAAGCCGGAGAAACCGCCUCGGCUCACCUUCCGCCCCAUUGACUAGGGGGUCCUCUGGGCGGCAGGGGCCUCCUGCCCACCAGCUCUGCAGGCGGCGAGCGAGGAGAAGGGGCAGCCCAACGCUCAAAGGCCAGCGGGCCUCCCCGUUUGCACAGCUUCCUCCUGACUGCAAACUCCACCCUCCUGCCGAGCGCUGAUGAGGUUACCUGGUCAGGUCAUGAAACGUCUGCAAGAA